UCGUGUUCAGCGGGACUUGUUUUUUAAGUAUUGAUAAUAAAAUAUUACAAUAUUGUAAAACUGUUAAGCAACCAUGUAUCUAGGUAGAACUGUAAGUCCACUAGUCCAUGUUAUCCAGCUUUUCUUGUUAUGCGAAUAUCAAUUGAGGAAUAAACUGAAAUCUAUGUUGGCCUUUCUCGAAUUAUUUUUGAGUUUAUACUGUUGGUAUGUUUUGUUACUGACUAAUUAAUAGUUGUUAUUAUUAUUUUGAUUAUUUUCUUUCAUUUUCUCACCCCUAUCGUUAGGAAAUAUCGCGAGCAAGACAAAGCGAGAUAGAUGCGAUCAACGAUCUGACAAACACUCUUAAAGAAAGAGACAAGCUUAAAUGCAAGUUAGAAGAAAACAAGAUGAGGAUAAUUGAUUUAGAGAUAGAGUUAAAUGAGUCAUCGCUUAUACUUUCGGAAAUAUUAAAAAUAUCAGACAGUCAAGACUUGAAUAACUUAAAAAAGAGUAAGAGUUUCUUUGAAUUGCAAAAGAGUGGUAAGGUAGUGGAUAGGCUCGAUAAAUGCAAAUUUAGUAGGAGUUACAAUGACUUGCAUGUGGGAGGAGACAGGAGUAUGAUAAAUGUACCGAAGUUAACACGUAAGAUAACAGAUUUGACGAAGGAAAUCGAAAUAAAGAAUUCGAAAAUUAUUGAACAACAGAAAUGUAUAUCAAUAUUGGAAGAAGCGUUAAGAGAAAACAAUAAUAUAGCCGAAUUUGAACAACUUUUAGCCGUGGUAAGAAGUAAGGAUGAACGCAUUGAUGAAUUAGAACAGAUAUUAAAUAAUAAAACUGGUGCUGCGAAAAAAUUAUAUAAAGAAAAAAGAAUAUUGGAAUUGGAAGAAGCACUUAAAGAGUCAUUUUUGAUUGCGUCAGAAAGAGAAAAGGUAUUCUAUGAAGAAGAAAAAAGGAGGAUCGAAGCGAUAAAUAUGAUGAAGAAAAUGGAACAAAGGAUUCGUUCGCUGCAAAACGCUUCAGUGCUGAAUUGCGAAACCUGUUCAAUGCUAACAAAGCGCUUGAAACAACUAGAAGAUUUACUGCAACGCUGCAAUAUGAAACGAGAAGCAAUGCUACGUCAUUGGUCACGUGUCGUGCAAGAUCUUUUGGAAGGUGCCAUUAGUGAAAAAGACACGCAAAUUGCUGAAUUGGAAAUAAAGGGAGUUCUGGAUGAAAACGAGACAAAGGCAUGCGACUUAUUAAAGAGUGAGAGAGAUCGAAUGCUAAACAGAUUAAAAAUGGAAACCGAAGCGCUAAUUGAAUUUGAAAAAGAUACAACCGAAUUACCUCAAGAGGAAAGUUCCUUGCCGACAAUCGUCGACGAUGUGUUAGCGGCCUGUGAAGAUAACCAAGUAAUUAUCUGGGAGGAGGACAUCCCUGCCACUGUGCUGUGACGUCUUAAAGCUAAGUCUUAUCUGUGUUGUGGCCUAAUACCAUCGCACUUGUCAUCUCAUCCGCUACUUUACCAAUCAUCGCUUUUCACCAGCCUAAUUGCCAAUAUUCCUCAAAUAAAAAUUAUUGUGAAGGAAUACUUUUUCUAUCCUUGUAGUCUAUGACUCAAAACCAUUGACAAAUCAAUUUGGGGGGGAAUCGCAGCUGUCAAAUUUGACAUCUGUCAGAAAUGUCAUUUCUUUCAAUUCGUAAUUAGUUUUCUCUGAUUUUAUUAAUGUUUUAUUUAUUCUCACACGAUACGACACGGAACCAUUUUGAGUGAUACCAAAUAAUAUUUUUUUAAACGAAAUUGAUUGAUAUUUAGUGGAGAUUAUUUAUCCUAUUUAUAUACCCUAUUAUAGCACUUGUUAAAAGUUGUAUACAUGUAAAGCAAUAACUUAACCUCUGCUCGUCUUAGAUUAUUCAUAUUGGUGUCUAUUUUUUAACUAGUAAAGUCUUCUACUGAUGCUGCUAAUGAAUUGUUAUAAAACUAAUAUUAAUCCUAUAAUAAUAUUUGAUGCUUAUUUAUAUUUUAUUUUAAGCACUAUCUCGACUAAAAUGCUAAUGUAUAACAAUAUGAUACUCUUAUUUAAAAAAAAUCAUUAAAACGUGGAAAAUACUAAGAUGCACGGUUUUGAAAAACAGUUGAAAUAAUAUUUUAGAAUUAUUUUUGAAAUUACAUAUCAUGCACAAAGUUUGAAAGCCUUUGGGCAUAUCAUUAUGUUACGUAGCUUGAAUUGUAGAAUUGGUGUAAAGACAAUGCUUAACGAAUCAAUAAAAGCACUGCCUUAUGUAAUAAGAGUUUCCUUUCGAUUGAGAGCCUACGUAAUCUUAGGGACGUCUGUUCGCCUCGGAUGCACGAGGGUGACUUAUUUGGUAAAUUGCAUCCUGAACGGCAGCUAUUUUCAACUACACACAGUAUUUAUAAUGUGAAAUUGUGAGCUUUUUAUAUUUUUUACAACCGUCUUGCAAGUGUGAUAGGCGUGUAGACAAUCCAAUUUGUGAAUAUAAUUUGUUACAUGUAAGUAUAUACUUAUAUAUGUAUGAAUGGUACUUGUACAUUGCGUUGACUUCGUUACACGUGUUUGUUGUUUUAUAAAAGUUUUAUCCGUUGUUCUGAUACAUGAAUUAUUUAUCCGCGUUACAGUUCAUAAAUUGGAUAUUCUGUACAGAGUAAGUGACAUGAAAUUAUGUUUAUCCGAAGACAAUGGUCGCUUGAACAUGGCAAUAUUUAUUUAGUCGGUACCUACACCAACUUUUACGAUGUUUAUUGAAUUUGUUACGGGUCCAAUAAGGCCAUUGUCUUUUAUUUUACCGUCAACUUUAAUUCUUGUUUGAUCCAUAUGGAAAUUCCUCGGGCAUAAGCCGAGGUCUUACAUUGCUAAUGUAGUAUGUAUCUAUGAUAGAUGGGAAUAGAAAAGCUGCAAUGUUUUGUUGAUUUACAAAUCGAAAAUUAUGUUCCAAUAAAUACAGAUAACUAAUAGAUAAUUAUAAUUAAGUUUUUGCAUUGUUAUUAGGUACAAUUGAAACAUUUUUAACGGGUUAAAACUUGGAUUAAACUUACAUUAUAAUGCUGAUAACUCGAUUUGAGAAAAUAUAACUUUUGCUUAGAGAUUCUUUGUUGUAUUCACCAACGUUCAUUUUCUAUUUCCAACUAAGCUAAUAAAACUAAGUUAAAAAAAAACCCAUUUCUCUAUAUAUUUCCAAUAAAUUUUGAUUUUUAGUCUGUGAUAAAAUAUAUUUUUCUUCCGUUUCGUUUAAAUUCAAGAAGUUCUUAGCGUUAUAAUGUAAUUAACUCUAUUCUCAACUAGACUUUGCAGCUACAAUUUUGUAAUGAUAAAGUGUAGGUGAAUUAUAUUAUCACAAUAAUAAUAUUAGUUAAUUGUUAUUAUAAUAUGACGUUCGUAUUGUUUCACACGUUAUAUUGACAGAUAUGCUAACAUAAGGAUAAAUGUUCUUUGAAAUAUAAUAUCUUCGUAUAAUAUGAUUUGUGUCUAUUAUUUCUUAACCUAUCCUUGCCUUCUUAAAUCUGCCUAAUAUUUAACGUUUUAACAAAUUUAAGUCGAUAUUCAAAGAGGGCAUUACAGCAUAAAUC